GGCGUCUUUGUUGCGCACAUAGAAUUGAAGUAUAGUUGAUAACUUGAAUCAAUGGAGCUCGAAAAAGAGAGUACCAGUAGCAACAGUAGCAAUACUAGUGCGAGAAGCGAUAGCAGUGUAGCCGGCACUGAUUUAGUCAUAGCAGCUGUUAGAGCAGAGACAGCUGAGGGCAUCGAAGACCCUUCUGAAUCUGAGACUAGUGGCAAGUUUGGGAGUAGUAAUGGAGGUAUCGGAUCAGCUGAGGAGAGUGGUGGGAAGGGCGAAUCAAGAGUAGCUGCUGCAGCAAAUGCUGGAGACUCGCCGGGCUCAGAUCCAAUAGGAUGGGCCGUUGACAAGCUACUCAGCCGUAUAGUUGAGGAGAACAGCACUGAACAGCUCAUCGCCCUCUUGUCCGAGAUGACAAAGAAGGCCUUAAUUUUACAACAUCAACUCGAGUUAAGCAGCACACGUAAUGAUGAGUUAUUGAAGGAGAUUGAACAACUAAAGGGAAAUCUCGAUGAGGAGAGGGGGAAAUUCAGCGCAGCAGAACCCCCGUCACCACCUCCUCCAGUGGCUUCAAUUGUUUAUGAUGGUGAAUUACCCUCGGACGAGCGCGACGGGAGCUCUCCGUCUGUGGGUGCGGUACCGCAACUAAAUGAAAUUUAUGAGAAACAUCACAUUGACCGAGAGGUUCGGGAUAUGCUGCGGAAUUCACGUAAAAUAAGGAGACCGGAGCAGCGGCAGAUGGUUAUCGAUCUGUUCCUCGAAAAGGUUGGUCAUGAGCAGGGCAAGGACGUGUUGGCUGCGUUAAAGGGACUCACUGAUUCUACUAAUAGCGAAUCUAAGUCGGCGGUGACGGGUGAUGCUAGGACGUAUAAUCGUCGAACGCAUAACCGUCGGGACAACAGUGACCAUCCUCUACAUGCCCGUUCCGGUCCUGAGAACAGGAGUUGGCUAUUCGCCCAAUGUGUGAAGGAGGUUGAGUUCAAGAUUGGACCAGGAGCAGCCGCAUCAGCAUCCAGGCAUAAGAAUGACUAUUAUGAUUACGGCAACAAGGGGAGAUGUCAUUCUCGAGGUCAGCCGCCGCCGAUAUCACUUGUAAGCCAGCCAAGCUGCUACUCCCAGCUAAUAAUAUAUGGCUGCUAUGGCAGAAACGACGAUGAGAAGGAGGAUGGCGAUGAUGAUAAUGAUGACUGCCGUAUUAAUGGGGUUCACUCGACCAAGUCGAUGCUGCUCUGGUUGGGAGACAGUAGCAAGAAUCAGAACAACAGCGAGAACUCAGUGGCUCAGCGCUCCCUAGCCGCUCUGGACGAUCGACUACUUGCGGCACAUUCGAAGGCACUAGAUGCUUACGUCAAUUGUGUGGCGCGUGAUGUUAAGGCCACCGCCGGCAGCUCGGAACGGGCGUGCCGGCGAGAUGCUAUGGGCAUAUUCGAUAGUGUAGCCGUUGAGGGAACUGUGGGAAUGGGGAAGGAGGCCGAAACGCUGGUGAAAUCUGCUCGGAAACUGCUGAAGACCGGCCUGGAUAUGCUACAGGGUGAAGUAAAUCAGCUGAGGCUGGCAGCGCAGGCCGCUAGUGAUGAGCAACGACAAGCCCUGGCCUGGAUAGGGGAGAUGGCACAGCGAUCGAAAGAUCGUGAGAAUGUCCCAAGGUCGACGGGCGUUCGGCUUCGUGGAGACUCCUUCAAGAAGGGCGGCGUCAAGGAUGCCAUAAGCAGUAUAUUGGGGAGCAUUGAAGUGAAGAGCCCGGGUGGAGGUGCCCGGUUCGAUUCUGGGGGAGGGGAAAACGGCAAGUCUAUUUUAGAAUUGAUUGGGGAGUCUGCUCAGGACGCUGGGCCCUCCCUGACCUUUGAGUGGUCUGUUGCUGCCGCCCAACGUGGUCACCCUGAGAGCAAGUCAGAGAAGCGAAGACGCCUUAGGUCGUUGGGCAUCCUGGCCGGCCUCGUUUAUGGAUGUGGACUAUUGGUCACCAGCGUCGCUCCACUGUGGUUGUUUGGCUCGAAUGACAAUUCCGAUUGGUCUCGUCCAGAAAUGGUCACAAGCUCUUCGGUGGGAGGUGAAGUAUCUGGAGAGCUCAGGGACUUCCUCAAUGAUCCUCUAGUCAAUACAGACCGCGAGCAGACUUGGCAGCAUAGAUACAGUCACAAGCAACUCGGUGAUCUCACGCUUACUGGUAAUGACAAGGACGAGUGGGCAGCCAACUACCUCUACAAUUUACCCGGCAAAGGACUUGGUGCUAUCGAGGGCGCCUUGAACAGCGAUCAGCAACUCGCUUUACAGUAUUCCAAUGCGAUUCCUGAUGGCACAUUGCGCGGUACAGCAGGGUGGUCUAGCAACGAAGGCUACUUUGGAAAACUCUCUAAGCUGUGGAAUGGCGGCAAUGGGAAAGCAGCUAGGUAUGACAUCGCAGGGAGUACCAAUAAUGGAGAGCUGAAACACCAACUUCAGGCCCAGUGGGCGAGAGAUAACGAUAGGGCUGAAGCGGGCAUUCAAGCUCCCAUCACUAAUCCUUAUGGCUUCCUGUCCAAGUCUGGUGCUGAAAAAUUCAACCCUGACUGGUACACCUCUUACAGUCGCUCCCUCGUCGAUGGUGGCUAUGACUCGAAGAACCCAUUUGGCAUUGAGGGAGGUGCCCGCCUCUCUUCUGGUGGCGAACUGGAAGGACGCCUCACCGCACGAGCCAAACCGAUCGAUAGUGUUGAUGCCGAAUACCAUGUCAGCGCGCGAACUCGUCCUGAUACCUCUAAGGGCUUAUGGGGUUGGUUAACUGGCUUCGGAAAAUCGCCUGUAGAGCUGGAGCACAACGCACAGAUACAAUAUUCGAACGCCCCUGGGAGCGUUAUGUAUGCGAAUUACGAGAAGCGAGAUGGUUCCGCUGGGCAUUUACGUCUAGGUUACGGUAUGACAAGUGAUGAUUCCCAGUAA